AUGGAGACUUCUGAUGAAGACCUUGGUGUAAUCAUUUCUUCCACUUCUGACAAGGAGUUUGAUGCAGUUGUUGGCUGUCUGGAGGAUAUCAUAAUGGAUGAUGAUUUCCAGUUAAUACAAAGGACUUUCAUGGAGAAGCACUACCAGGAGUUUGAUGACUCAGAAGAAAACAAGCUCAUCUAUACUGACAUUUUUAAUGAAUAUAUCACUUUAGUAGAGAAGUAUAUCGAAGAGAAGCUGCUUGAUCGGAUCCCUGGGUUUGACAUGGUUGCUUUCACAGUGUCAUUGGAACAGCACAAAGAUGAAAUGCCAAAGGAUAUAUUUGAUCUGCUUCUCACAUUUACAGACUUUCUGGCCUUCAAAGGAAUGUUCUUGGAGUACAGAGCUGAAAAAGAAGGUCGAAGUGUGGACUUAAGCAAUGUGUUAGUGGUGACUUCAAAAAACUGUUAA